UUCGCCUCGCCCAUGCUCUUACAAUACACACCCUCUACACGCAGCGUCUACUCUGCGAUUGGCUCGAUGCCUUGCGCCUGACACAUUGCGAUUGCACCUGCCUAUGCCAGGCUCCCUCCACGGAUUUUCGCGUCAUCUUCUUACGUUUCCCCGUACAUAUACAACAUACAUGCCCUCGUUCCCUUCUUCCAUCUUCUACUUCUUUAUUUUCCGGAGCGAUGACAUGACUAGACGUUCGUUACGUAUGGAUGGCCGGGCGGGGUACUCGAGGAGGAUCCUGGUCCCCAGAAAUUCGUAGGAGGGUUCCAUGGUGCGUGCCGUGGGUGCAGUGGAUAACGUGUGGUCGUGCAGGCGCAUCGUUGGGUGCCUCA